CACAGGCCAUGAAACAAUUUUUUUUCACUUUAUGUUAAUUCUUUAAUAUAAGUAGAUGUAGGCACAAUUUUUAUUCUUGUGCAUUAUUUUAUUUUGUUCAUAUUGUAAAUUUUGUUGUUUUAUUUGUUUGAUAAAUUCGUUGUGUUCAUUUGCAAUGAGGGAAAUCGUUAGUAUUCAAGUUGGGAGAUGCGGCAAUCAAUUGGGGUCUAAGUUCUGGGAGGUGAUAUCUGACGAGCACGGGAUCGAUCCGAGCGGCUGUUACUCUGGAGACUCUGACCUUCAACUUGAGCGCAUCAACGUCUAUUACAAUGAAGCUAACGACAAGUACGUACCGCGUGCUGUACUAGUCGACCUUGAAGCUAGUACGUUGGAUUCCAUCCGCGGCGGGCCCUAUGGCUGUAUCUUCCGACCAGACAACAUCGUCUGCGGUAUUUCCGGAGCUGGCAACAAUUGGGCGAAAGGAUACUUCACUGAAGGUGCCGACAUUCUCGAGUCAGUACUUGACGUUGUCAGAAAAGAAGCCGAAGGAUGUGAUUGCCUUCAAGGUUAUCAACUCGUCCACUCUAUUGGAGGCGGAACUGGUUCCGGAUUAGGAACUUUAAUCCUCGCCAAUCUCAGAGAAGAAUACCCAGACAGAAUCAUCGUUAGCUACUCUGUUGUACCCAGCCCAAAAGUAUCAGAUACUGUUGUCGAACCAUACAACGCAACGCUGUCCGUACACCAACUGAUAGAGAAUACCGAUCAGACGUACUGCAUAGAUAAUGAGGCUUUGUAUGAUAUAUGCUACAGAACAUUAAAGUUGACAACACCGACUUACGGAGAUUUGAAUCAUCUCGUAUCAGCGACGAUGUCAGGUGUGACAACCUGUUUGAGAUUCCCUGGACAACUUAAUGCAGAUUUACGGAAAUUGGCAGUCAAUAUGGUGCCAUUCCCGAGGCUACAUUUCUUCAUGCCUGGAUUUGCGCCUUUGACAUCCAGAGGCAACCAGCAAUACAGAGCGUUGACCGUGCCGGAGUUGACGCAACAAAUGUUCGACGCAAAGAACAUGAUGGCAGCGUGCGACCCGCGUAACGGCAGAUACUUGACCGUCGCUGCAAUUUUUCGUGGCCGCAUGUCCAUGAAAGAAGUCGACGAGCAAAUGCUAAACGUUCAAACCAAAAACAAGCAUUAUUUCGUAGAAUGGGUCCCUAACAACGUAAAAACGGCUGUGUGCGACAUUCCUCCGCGGGGCUUGAAGAUGUCCGCUACGUUUGUUGGGAACACGACGGCUAUUCAAGAGUUGUUCAAGCGAAUAUCGGAACAGUUCGCUUGCAUGUUCAGGAGGAAAGCGUUCCUUCACUGGUAUACCGGGGAAGGAAUGGAUGAGAGUGACUUCACGGAAGCUGACAACAACAUGAGUGACCUUAUAUCUGAGUACCAGCAGUACCAAGAUGCGACGGCUGGAGACGAAUGCGAAGGCGAGGAAGGUGAAGAAAAUCAGCGACGUGACGACAGUGAUGAGGAAUAGUUUUUUCUUGGCACGGAUUUGUGUUCUCCUGUUCAUAUUUACCUUGUGUUUGUUUGUUGUUAAUUAAUUUAUUUAUAUAUUUUAAUAAAUCAGACGUUA